GCAGUCAUUCCCGAAUCACACGUGGUUGUUGUGAUAGUGAGUGAGUGCGCAUAUUCUAGACAGCCAUGGCCGAUGUCGUUGACCGGCAAGGGGGGGCGGAAUUGGCUACCCCCGCCGUGGGAGAUAGAAUGCAGCAGGCGGUGUCCAGUGAAGGGGAGAAGGGAGCGGAGGCAUGGCCGGAGGCACUUCGUCGAAACACUUCUAUAUUUGAAGAAUGGGAGAUCUCCUUGCUGCACAUGCUCCUGGCUGAAGGGCAAGAACAUCUUUUUGCACAUUGGCCAAGUGCUGGGCAUCAAGAUGCCGACAAACAUCGAUUCUUCAAGCAGAUCAAUACAUGGCGCCCAUCCUCCCUCCCUGUCAGCCAACAGAUAUGGAGGAUGGCGCAGCACUUCCUCACUUUCGUGGAGACAGCAGCUGAUUACACGUGCCGUCGCCAGGUUCCAAGCGGUGAGCGACUUCAGUUUGCAACUGAGGAGUUCAUCGCAUUUGAACGCGAGGGAGUGAAAGCAGCCGGGGAUGCAGCAUUUGUUCUGGUUGCAGGUGGACUCGGGGAGCGGCUGGGUUACAGCGGCAUCAAGGUCGCACUUCCAUGUCAGACCACAACUGGCGUCUGCUUUCUCCAGCUCUAUAUUGAGAGCAUCCUUGCUUUGCAAGAUGCGAGCCGUCGAGGAUCCGAAGGUUCGAACUUUGUCCGCCGCAUUCCUUUGGUUAUCAUGACUUCUGGUGACACACAUUGGAAAACUGAGGCAUUGCUGAAAUCAAAUCGGUACUUUGGCAUGGACGAAGAUCAAGUUAUCCUUCUUAAGCAGGAAAAAGUUGCGUGCUUGGAAGAUAACGAUGCAAGAAUGGCACUUGAACCAUCCAACAUGUUUGCCAUCCAGACAAAGCCCCAUGGCCAUGGUGAUGUGCACAGGCUUCUGUACACGAGCGGCCUCUUGCCGAAAUGGAAGACUGCAGGGUUGAAGUGGGUGCUAUUUUUCCAGGACACAAAUGGACUCCUUUUUAAGUCAAUACCAGCUUCACUGGGAGUAAGCGCUACACGAGGCUAUGAUGUGAAUUCGAUGGCUGUCCCGAGGAAGGCAAAGGAGGCCAUAGGAGGCAUUACCGAGCUGACACAUACGGACGGAAGGAGAAUGGUCAUAAAUGUGGAGUAUAAUCAGCUCGACCCGCUGUUGAGAGCCACAGGUCGCCCGGAAGGUGAUGUCAAUGAUGAAUCAGGGUUCUCUCCGUUCCCCGGAAACAUCAAUCAGCUCGUUCUGAAACUGGAUAGCUAUUUGGAAGAGCUCGCGAAGACAAAGGGUGCAAUUGCGGAGUUUGUGAAUCCAAAAUACAAGGAUGCCACCAAGCAGUCGUUCAAGUCACCCACACGAUUGGAGUGCAUGAUGCAAGAUUACCCAAAGACGCUUGAUCCAACAGCAAAAGUUGGAUUCACCGUGGUGGAUGUCUGGCUCAGCUAUUCGCCGGUGAAGAACAAUGCAAAAGAUGCGGCUGCCAAGAUUGCCACUGGGACUCCUCCUCAUAGUGCGACAUCUGGUGAGAUGGACGUUUACAGAUCGAACUGUCGGAUCCUUCGGCAGGCUGGUGUGAGUAUUGAAGACCCAGCUCCUGCCACUUUCAAUCAACAGCAAGUGGAAGUGUGGCCCAGAAUCGUAUGGUCACCUCGGUGGGCACUCACGUAUGCUGAUGUCAAGGAGAAGGUUCCUGAAGGAGGAAGAGUAUCCAUAUCUCAGAGAUCCACUCUCGUGAUCGAUGGCCCUGACGUCAUUCUGGAAGAUCUUCAUCUUGAUGGAGCGCUCAUCAUAAAGGCUGUUCCUGGUGCAAAGAUUCGGGUGUCCGGUUUAACUGUGAAAAACAGCGGAUGGGACUUGGAUCCUUUGCGAUGCGGAAGCGGCGAAAGCGCUGAUUGCGAGUCUGUACCGGAAGUGCUCCGGAUGCGAGGCUUCCAGACCAGCAAGAAGGAUCAUCAAGAAGUCGUAGUCGAGAGGCCAGGCGAGCACCUUGUGUCGAACUAACUUUUUGGGAAGAUUUUUGUUGGGACACUUUUCAUUUUUUGAAUUUUUUUUUGUAUUCAUUCCCGGAUCGGGAAAAUUUCAUAGCAGGUUUUGGAUAUGCGUUUUUGAAUUACAAUUUUUUAUUAUUUUUUCAAGAUUUAAUAAACAGUAAUUCAUACU